AUGUGUACAGAAAAUAUUAAGUGGUUGCGCGGUUUUGUAGCUAAUCAUUAUGAUAUAUUUAAGGAUUUCAAAGUACAGUAUCUUGCAAACAAAAAAUUAAAUACAUUAAUAAAGUUAGGAAAAAGAAAGGCUGAUGAAAUUGAUAAAGAAUUAGCAACCAAUUUUGAAUCUGAUUCUGGAAAUUUGAUCAAAGCGGAGCUUCCUUUAACCUUUGAAGGAUUAAAUAUUGAUAAUCGUACUACUCAAGCAAUUACUCUUCAACUAGAAGAAACUAAACUUGAAUUAAAGAAUACUAAAAAAAAAUUACGAGAAUCCUCAAUUAUGAUAGAUCAACUUCAUGAACAAUUAGAUCGGACUUCAAGUACUAAUAGUACAAUAGAUCCGGAAUCUGUAUCAGAUAUAAUUGAUCAACUUAUUAAUAAGGGAAAGCUUGGCUCUUUGGUUUUAGUUAGCACAAACAUUUAUCUCGAAUUAGUAUUGAAUCAAUCAUAUCCGAUAUGUGGUAAUAAUGAAAUUACAAGUCGUAAAUAUACAAUUAAAGUUAUUGGAUUAAAUAUACAUAUUACUGUUAUAUACUCUAAUUGUGAGACACAAAUGAACUAUAAUAAUAAGACUAAUGAUAUAGAUUUUCGAAAGCAGUAG